CCCCCGGCAGUCGGCAGCGACAGUUCACAAUUCCUCGCAUGUGCUUUUUGUAAAACUUGUUUGUUUCAAUAGUUAAGUUUGAAAUAUUUGAAUUAUUUGUACUACAAUAGUUUUAAUCUAUCAUGGGAGUCAAAGCUCGUAGACAAAACGUCAAAAACGUAAAAAGGAGAAAGAGAGAUCUCGACGAAAUCAACGAAGAUUUGAAAGACAAGAACGUUGACAAACUAUUAAAUCAGGAGGUUGAUUACGACUUGCCAGGGGCCGCCCAGCAUUAUUGCGUCACAUGCGCGAGACAUUUUAUUCAUCGUCAAGCCAUACUUGAUCAUUACAAGACAAAAGUUCAUAAGCGAAGGCUCAAAGCUUUGGAAACAGAACCAUACACAGUUAAAGACGCUGAAGCAGCUGCUGGCCUAGGAACUUUUAAACAACCUCAGAAAAGAAAAAUUGAAACAGUAGAUAAAGAAGAAAGAGCUGAAAAAAGAUCUAAGGUUGACGAUAAUUCUGGAGAUGUUUCAAUGAACCCAGAAUAAAUUUUUAUAAUUUAUUUAGU